CCGCUGCUUCUACUGGUGCUCGACGAGGACGGCGACGAGCACACGGCACUGGAGAUUGCAUCCGCGACCGCAGACGAGACUGUGAUGACCGUGCUAGUAUCGCACGUCUUCAAAAUGCAUCUCAGUGCCGCUACAGAAGAGAGCGACGAACACUACAGAGAUAUUAAACCCCCACCCUACUUCGCGGCUAUGCACUCGGUCUUCAUUUGCAGACUCCUCGCUCAUGCUGACCAUGAAGGGCGAACGGCACUGCAUAUCGCGGCGGCUGAGGGCCGCUUCCACGCCUGCCGCUUCUUCGCCAUAAACCCAUGCGCUCUCCCGGCACCGCGACUCUCUAGCUCGGGCGAGUCACCCGCCGACUGCGUGAAGGCUAACGGGCAUCACAGGGUCGCCGACUACUUGUCGACAUCUACCGGGACAGGUCAUCACGGUCCACUUUAA